AUGAGUUCUAAAGUUACUGCUGAGUUGCAGCAACUGGAGAGCAAAACAAGAUAUCUCCGUGAUACGCUUAACUCUUCUGUUACAAUGAACAGCACAAUGUUCGCGGAUAAACCUUCUUUGAAAGAAAAAUAUGUUGCCGCCAAAAUGAAUCAUAUUAAACAUACUUUCAAUUUAUGGAAGGAUUCAUUACUUCGCGAACUUAUUACCGCUGACACGCUAACUCGUGUUCCAACUGGAAAUUCUCCAAAGAAAGAUUCCGUUAGAGCCUCCAAACAUCAGACUUCGAAGUCUCGAUCCAUACAUAAGCACUCCAGCAACCUAUGCGCUUUGAGUCCUAGUAAAUAUUCUCCAACCAAGGCCGAAUCUGGCAAAUAUUCUCCAAAGCGCUCAACUACAAGAUCUUCCAGCAGAUCUCACCACAGACAUACAUCACAUCAUCAUAGAUCUCGCGAAAUCGUCCCUUCUGAGCAAGAGUCGAUUGGAUCUAAGUAUGACUACACUGCUUCAGAGCGUAGUGUAUCAAAUUAUGAUUACGACAACGGAUCUGUCUUCGACUAUACUGCUUCUGACCAUGAAAAUUCACAAGAAGACGAUGCCGGCUCAAAGUACGAUUUUACUGUCUCAGAUCAAGAAUCAAACGGCGAACUUUCAGAUGGUGAUCGUUUCGAUUACACAGCUUCAGAUCAUCCAUCACAAGUCGAAGAUGAUGAUCUUCCAAGCGACGGUUCCAAAUUCGACUAUACAGUUUCAGGGGAUGAAGGCUCACAAGCAUCUUAUGCAUCAGCAACUCAACAACCAACAAAAAGAAAUCAUCGUCAAUCAAAUGGAUCAAAAUACGAUUAUACAGCCUCAGAAGAGCCACGCCGUGAACACCAUCAUCACAGAAGUCCUACUAAACGACGCCAAUUACCAAAUGAAGAUACAGCUUCUUCAGCAUUUGAUGAAGAACCAAAACAGAGGACAUCUCCUUCAAAGAUGACAUGGCCUUAUCCUAAACCAGUCAGAACUAUUGCGAAAAAGCCAGUUCAGGAAUCUCCAAAAAAAGAUCCUUCGUCGGCGCCGUUAGAAAAUGAAAAUGAGGCACGCGACGCCGACGCUAAUCAUGACAAGCAGUCGCUGAGCGAAGAAAUUCAUGAAAACGAUAUUAAAAUUACUAAUGAUUUAGAUAUCUCUCACAUUCCUAAACCACAAGAGCCAACCAACGAAACAAUUAUCAACAGAUCAAUUAACGAAUUACAUCCGGCCCAGGAAGAAGAAGAAUAUGCCGAGGAAGAAGAUAAUGAAGAAGAUUCCGAUUUCUUACAUGAUUAUCUUUGGAAUAAUGACUUGCCAAAGUAUAUCCCAUACGAGUUCGACAGCGAAACAGAUAAAGCUCAUAUCGGAAGAUUUAAAGAUUCACUCUUCCCAGAUACUCGCGAGAGGAAGGUUAAGUUUGAGAAAUGA